AGCGAACCUGUCGGCCCCGCUUUGCCAUAUUCCAGUUAGCGAACCCGAGGUUUCGACGCUGUUGGAUCGGCUUGAGCUCUUAGGGGACGUAAACCACUGAAAAGUCUAUCCUUGAAGAUCUUCUCCAAUGGAAAGGGAUCAACCAAUCUCUGCGAAAGAUGCUAUUUACAAACUGCAGCUUUCCCUCCUUGAAGGCAUCCAAGACGAAAACCAGCUUUUGGCUGCUGGAUCUCUGCUGUCGCGCAGCGACUAUGAAGAUGUUGUUACUGAGCGUUCGAUUGCAAACAUCUGUGGUUACCCUCUUUGCCGCAAUUCCCUGCUGUCUGAUCACGCUCGGAAGGGCCGUUAUCACAUUUCCUUGAAGGAACACAAGGUUUAUGAUCUACAGGAGACGAACAUGUAUUGCUCUUCCAGUUGUGUUGUUAAUAGCCAAGUGUUUACUAAGAGCUUGCAAGAUGAGAGAGGCUUAAUUUUGAAUUUGGAUAAACUUAAUGAGGUUUUGAGGUUAUUUGGAAACUUGAGUUUGGAUUGUGGGGAUGACUUGGGGAAGAAUGGGGAUUUAGGAUUGUCUGGCUUGAAGAUUCAGGAGAAAACAGAAACCAAGGAUGGGGAAGUUUCUUUGGAGCCGUGGAUUGGUCCAUCAAAUGCGAUUGAAGGUUAUGUGCCUCAGAGAGAUCGUAGUUCCAAGCCUUCACCUUCGAAAAAUAUUAAAGAAGGGUCCAAAGCUAAACAUACCAAGUUGAGUAGUGAAAAAGGCUUGCUUGUUAAUGAGAUGGACUUCAUGAGUACCAUAAUUACUAAAGAUGAAUAUAGUGUCUCAAAAGUGCCACCAGGUUCAACAAAGACUGCUUCCCACACUAAAUCAAAGGAACCAAAGGGAAAAGUCAGUUGUGAGGACUCAGGGGAUCAAGUCACCAUAUUUGAAAAACCAUCUGUUCCCACAAAGAAUGAUUCUGAAAGGAAAUCAAGAGGAUCAAGAGGGGAAAAGAGUAAAAUAGUCCGCAAAGAUAAUCAUAGCAUCCUGGAGGUGCCUUCAGCUUCUAAUCCCUGCACAACUGGUCCCAAUGCAAGUACUGCAGAAGCAGAAGAGGAAGCACAUGUUGAGAAAGCAGCUAAAUCAAAUGGAACCUUGCUCAAAUCCUGUCUUAAACCUUCAGGUAGAAAGAAACCUAGUUGCACUGUUACCUGGGCUGAUGAGAAAGUCGAUGGCAUUGGGUUUGGAAAUCUUUUUGAGGUUAGAAACAUGGAAAGCAAAAAAUUUCCUGAAAAAUUAGGUGGUACAGGUGUGGGAGAUGAUGAAGAAAUGUUAUGGUUUGUAUCUGCAGAAGCUUGUGCAAAGGCAUUGAGCCAGGCAGCAGAGGCUGUUGCUUCUGGAGAAUCUGAUGCCACUGAUGCCGUGUCCGAAGCUGGAAUUAUUAUAUUGUCACAUCAAAGUGAUUUAGCUGAAGGGGAAUCUGAGGAGGAUGUUGAUAUGCUGGAACCAGAAUCAGCUCCUUUAAAGUGGCCAAGAAACCCUGAGACUGCAUAUUCUGAUUUAUUUGAGCCUGAAGAUUCAUGGUAUGAUGCUCCACCAGAAGGUUUCAGUUUGGCUUUAUCACCUUUUGCUACAAUGUGGAUGGCUCUCUUUGCAUGGAUAACGUCAUCUUCUUUGGCUUAUAUAUAUGGAAGAGAUGAAAGUUUUCAUGAAGAUUAUCUAUCUGUUAAUGGGAAGGUGUACCCCUGUAAGAUUGUCUUGGCAGAUGGUCGUUCUUCUGAAAUCAAGCAAACUCUUGCUGGUUGUCUUGCUCGGGCUUUGCCUGGACUAGUUGCUGAUCUAAGACUGCCAACACCAAUAUCUACUUUGGAGCAAGGAAUGGGGCGCUUGUUGGAUACAAUGACUUUUACGGACGCACUUCCAGCUUUCAGAUCGAAACAGUGGCAAGUGAUUGUUCUUCUGUUUAUUGAAGCUCUCUCUGUUUGUAGGAUCCCUGCACUUACACCACACAUGACUAAUAGGAGGAUGUUGUUGCCGAAGGUGUUGGAUGGUGCCCAAAUAAGUGUUGAAGAAUAUGAGAUUAUGAAGGAUCUCAUGAUUCCACUUGGCAGAGCUCCUCAUUUCUCAUCUCAGAGUGGAGCUUGAUGGAAAAGAAAUGGCAACUACAAGUGCACAUAUUAUCUAUUGGUUUAUAUCUAUUGGUUUAUGGGGUCAGCUUUAAGUUUUGUUUUAAUUACUGUGGAAAGUUUUGUUUAGCCAUGCAAUCGACUCUGAAACUUUGACACCCUGGUUCCAAACAAUCUGCAGUAGUAAAGUUAAAUUUUGGAACUUCAUUGUACAUCCACAAUAUAGGGAAGGAAAUGCUACAUUGAGUACUACUUGUCUUUGCGGAAAGCUUUAGAUGUUUAUCAUUUGUAUAUUACUUGACUGUCAAGAUAGUGCUUGAAUAUCUCGGCCUCUCUUUAUGAAAGUUUUCCAGUUGGAGUC